GUGGUCCGAAGACGGUGUCUAGUGACAGGGAGGGGGAGAAGGAAGCCCUACGUAAGGGGUCCCUCUCCCGUCCUUCUCUCCCGGAGACCCUCGGGGAAAAAGCCCAACACCCCAGCCCCGCGGCUAGCCCCUUCCCUCAGGCUCUCUCCGCUCGAUUUCGCCACCGUUAUGUGGGAAGCGAAUCCGGAGAUGUUUCACAAAGCAGAAGAAUUCUUUUCCAAAACGACAGAUAGUGAGAUGGAUGAGAUGGACACAUCUGACACCCAGUGGGGCUGGUUCUACUUGGCAGAAUGUGGGAAAUGGCACAUGUUUCAGCCGGAUACCAACUUUCAGUGUUCAGUUAGCAGUGAAGAUAUCGAAAAAAGCUUCAAAACAAACCCUUGUGGCUCCAUUUCUUUUACUACUGCCAAAUUCAGCUACAAGAUAGACUUUGCAGAAAUGAAGCAAAUGAAUCUCACCACUGGAAAGCAGCUAAUAAAAAGAGCCCCCUUUUAUAUCAGUGCUUUCAGUUAUAUCUGUGAAAAUGAGGCUAUCCCCAUGCCACCACACUGGGAGAAUGUCAAUACAGAAAUGCCAUAUCAGCUUAUUCCUUUGCACAGUCAAACACAUGAAUAUAAUGAAGUUGCUAGUCUCUUUGGGAAAACAAUGGAUCGCAACAGAAUUAAAAGAAUUCAGAGAAUUCAAAACCUAGACUUGUGGGAGUUCUUUUGCAGGAAAAAGGCUCAGCUCAAGAAAAAAAGAGGCGUGCCUCAGAUUAAUGAACAAAUGCUCUUUCAUGGUACCAGCAGUGAGUUUGUGGAAGCAAUUUGCAUUCAUAACUUUGAUUGGAGAAUAAAUGGUAUACAUGGUGCUCUCUUUGGAAAAGGAACCUAUUUUGCUAGAGAUGCUGCUUAUUCCAGUCGCUUCUGCAAAGAUGACAUAAAGCAUGGAAACACAUUCCAAAUUCAUGGUGUCAGCUUCCAACAGCGGCAUCUCUUUAGAACACAUAAAUCUAUGUUUCUUGCUCGAGUGCUAAUUGGAGAUUACAUAAACGGAGACUCCAAAUACAUGCGGCCUCCUUCCAAAGACGGGAGCUAUGUGAAUUUAUAUGACAGCUGUGUAGAUGACACCUGGAACCCAAAGAUCUUUGUGGUUUUUGAUGCCAACCAAAUCUAUCCUGAGUACUUAAUAGACUUUCAAUGAUUUCAUUAUCAAAUCUCAAUAGUAAAAGACGUUUCCUUUUUUUUUUUUUUUUUUUUUUCAGGAAGAUUUACUCUCGUCAUCCAGCCACUAAAUAUUAAUUAUCUGAUACUUUUGAAACAGAUAUUAAAAAAAUGGCCUCCAUAUAAAAGACAUACUGACUUUAAGGUGGUGGUGGUUGUUGUUUUGGUUUUGUCUGUUACUCACGGUCCUGUUUGUUAAACAUUGAUACCAUUGCGCGUCUAACACAUGGGGGUGAAGAUUCCAUUCAAAAUUGAAUCAGCUGAGUCUCAAUUAAUGUGGGCAUUCAUUCAGAGUCUUUAAAUUUUACAUGUGUGUUAACAGGAUAAAUAUUUUCAGUUCAGAUAGACUUAUUUUCAUAUAUAUGUUCAAAAAAUACAAACAGAAACAUAAAUAUGUCCUUUAGAGGAAUUGAUCCUCUGUUAAUUGAAUUCGGGUAUUAUUGUCCACCAGUCCACAUGCUGCUUUGUGGGUCUUUUGAAGGGGGAUUUAAAACUCUGCAACAGUCUGAGAGCUUGAGAGAAAUCAAAAACAAGAAAAUUAUUUGCAGUGCUUCCAAACAAGUCAAAAGGAGAACAUCAAGGUAGGGUGCCCUGCUUCCUGUUGCUUUAGGAUAACAGGCUGCAGCCCCAGACUUGAUUACAUCACCCUCUUCAGUCUCCGCCAUCUGAACUGACAAAUGCUACAGGCUAUCAUUAGCCUACAGUUCAUCCGCCAGGGCUCUUGAAUUCUCUGCACCAAAAACUUGCUGCACAAGGUGUUUACUGCAUCACCAAACUUUUAUUUAUUAUUCAGAACAUUAUUUUCCCUUUGUUUGGGGGUCCCUUCAGUGAUCACUUCUGAGCUGUUUUUAUCCUCUGCCCCCAACUAUUCAACAGCAAUUUCUAAAAUUCACAUUUUUAAAUUGUGGCUCCUGUUUUGAAUCACUGUAGAAAGCAUAGGGUUUUGGGGACAAAUCUGAUUUAUCGUUUUUAGUAGCAAUCGACAAUUUACUAAGUCUCUUGGAAAGUUACGUACAAUUCCUAAUAAUAUUUAACAUAAACUUAUUUACUGGUUUUGUUUAUUCUUUUAUAAGGAAAAAGAAGUAAUGUUGGGACAGCUUCCCUGUCCAUAGACGUGUCCUAGCAGGGCUGGACAACUACUUGGCAGGAUUAUUGUAUGGAAUUUCAGGUAUCAGAUAGGAAUUGGCCAUUUGAUUCUUAAGAGUCUUUCAUGAAUUUUCCAUGAUUCUCCCUGAAUAAGAGAGCACUUGUAUCAAACUUUUCCCAGAAAACCUUUUUCUAACUCACUCUAACACUGUAUUUUCUCUCUAUAAUCCUCACCCAGUUUUGGCUAAGAUUUGGGGAACAUAAUUUCACUUCUCAAGAAAUAUCCAGGAAGUGCCCAGUGCCCGUGCCUGUACUGUUUGCUCAGUCCAGUGGUUUGAAUUGGGAAGGCAUGUAGAAAUAAUCAAAGUAAAGAGUACAGAGCAAGAUUAUGGAUGGUAAUUCUUCAGCUGCCUUAUUUCUCCAGAUUUUUAUUAUAGUCCAGAAUACAUGUAAUUGUGCAGUUGAAAGUAAGUUGUACACAGGAAAUUGCACAUAUAAUACUUUGAAACAAGGUGACAACAGAGAUUUCCUGACAGAUUUUCCUGAUGUGCAGACUAACAGACUAUUUUGAUGAAGUGUUGUGAAAUAUUUAGAAAGAACACAUUUUUAAAACACAUGGAGAUUAUCAUGGAAAUAAUUGGAAGAAAAGUCACUGGGCUACCUUAAGAGAGUAAGGUAACAUUGUCUUAGACUUGGUCACAAAACUACUUUGGAGACCUUAGAAAGUAAGAUUUUGUUCUAUUUAUUUGUUAUUUGUAUCCAAAAAAAGUUAAAUAGUGCCCCCUCCAACAUGGCUGUCUUUUUUCCAAUUUAGCACGAAUGCCUCUCCUAUCACUUGAAUGGAAUAAGUGUUUGGCAUUUGAGGGUCAUUUUUCUUGUUGACAUGUGCAGAUCUUAUCUCAAGGUGGCUAAGAGCCCAGAGGUGAGUAUUUGCAAGGCUAUCUCUGUGAACUCUGAAAUUAACUAGCUGGGUUACAUGUAAAACAUUUUAAAGUGUGCUGUGGUAGCCACUGUAAGAAAAUACUGUGCUGUUCUUCUUGUCUGAGAGUAUACUGCCAACUCCCCUUUUAUAAGAAAAGCUGAUUUUGAUACAUUUUUAAAAAUGUGAUAGUGUAUAAGUAAUUAAUGUUAAAAUUUUAUUUGUUGAUUUUGGUCAGUAGACUGAGUUGAGAAGCAAAUAAUUAGGAUGUAAUAAGACUAGACACAACCAUUUGCCAUCUUUUCCUCUUGUCAUCCCAUAAAAUGGGUGAGGAGGACAAAGAAGCCAUUCCAGAUCAAUGAAUAAAUGGUUUUAAAAUUUCUACAUUGAAUAAAUUCAGCUGAUGGUGACUUUUCUUUUUCACUUUGGUAAUCUCAGCCUCAGGAUUAAAGAAUUUAUUACAUUUAUUUAAAAAGUUUCAUAAAUCAGUUAUGAACAGGAUGGUUUUGUAUUAAUACUAGAUUUCAUUUCUAGACUUUUGGUGAUGAUAAUAAAGAAUUUGGAGCCCUUUGUGAUGUUUGAAUAUAUAUAUAUAUAUUUUUUCGUGUGGUAAUGAAAGCUUUCUGUAGCAGGUCUUGAUUGUCCGUGUAUGUCAUGUAUUUGUUUCUGUGAUUUUGGUGCCUCAUCUCCACUUUGCAUUAUGUAAACCUGUUUUUGGCUUAAAUUUAAUAGAAUCUCAAGGAGUUUGUUACCUGUGACUCUUACGUAAUCCCUUUGCAGGUGGGGGAAGCCUCUUGUUCUUCACUUGAGUCGUCAUGAGCAACAGCUAAUCAAAUAACCUGUGGGAAAAAUCAAUACUCUGUGUUAUUGAAAAUUGCAAGAGACCAUGGCCCACGCCUCCAGUGGCCUCACUCCUGGUGUGCUUCCCUGGCUUGUGGAGCAGUUCCGGAGGCUGUGUCUACAUUCCCCCAGAAAACAUGCUCCUGCAGUCCUUCCAACCUCCAGGCAUUCCCAGUGUGUCUGCAGAAAUUCCUUUUGUAGCCAGGUAAACAUUGCAUUUCUCUUUAAGCAAAGAGGAAGGUAUGAGAGGGUAUCCUAAUUUUAAAGCUGAGACAAAUGAGGGACAGAAUGAUCAAGACUUACUGUGGGAACAAAUCACAUUUGCUGUUCACUGAAAUCCUAUCCCAGUCUGUCUAAAUUUUGGACUAAUUAUUAAGAUUCAUUGUAAUAAAAAUUCAUUUGAGCAUU